ACGGAUGUACCGACGGAAACAGGGCCGCAACCCGUGGACAUGUACGGGAAAUUCACGUGGAAGAUUGAAAACUUUUCGGAAAUCAGUAAGCGGGAAUUGCGAUCGAACGUGUUCGAGGUGGGCGGGUAUAAGUGGUACAUUUUGGUGUACCCGCAAGGAUGCGACGUGAGCAAUCACCUGUCGUUGUUUUUGUGCGUCGCCGAUUACGACAAGCUGUUGCCGGGAUGGAGUCAUUUCGCGCAGUUUACGAUUGCGGUGGUGAAUAAGGAUCCGAAAAAGUCCAAGUACAGCGAUACGUUGCACCGGUUCUGUAAGAAGGAGCACGACUGGGGUUGGAAAAAGUUUAUGGAGCUCACGAAGGUGCUCGACGGUUUCACCGUGGCGGACACGCUCGUGAUUAAGGCUCAGGUUCAAGUGAUACACGAGAAAGUCGCGAGACCUUUCAGAUGCCUAGACCCGCAGUACAGGCGCGAGCUCGUUCGGGUGUACCUUACGAAUGUCGAGGGCAUUUGUCGAAGAUUUUUAGAUGAGAAGCGCGAGAAACUGAUGACGAUGCGCGCGGACGAAGAGCAAUGGUCAAAUCUUCGUCAAUUCUGGAACUCUCGCGAGGGGAAAGAGAAGGUACAGCUCACGAUGGAGAAGUCUGACAUUCUGCUCAAGGGGAUCGUCAAGCGCUUCUUCAACGAAAAGGAAGUGACGUCGACGCUCGUCAUGGAUGCACUUUACUGCGGCUGCCGCGCGUUGGACAUCGCGGAAAAUGACUUGGAAGCCAAGGCGACCUCCGUGAGUACCUCGAAUAAGUGCUCUGUGGCCAUGAGCAUCGUGCAAAACAAGAGUGUUUUGACGGGUGACUUUGUCUCGGCGCUCGAGCGGGCCGCUGACGGAACCGCGUUUGACGCGGACGAAGAAGACAAGAAAUCCGCCUCGGAUGACCUGUCCGCCACCGAUGCCGUCGAACGCGAUGAAAAACGAUUAGCCGAACUUGGUCGUCGCACCAUCGAGAUGUACGUUCUCUCGCACGUGUUUGUCAACCGCGUCGAAAUCGCGUUUCGCGAAGCCGAGGCGUUGAUGCGCCAAGAGGCGCUUAUCGCUGAGGAGGAAGAAGCCGAACGACUCGCACAAGAGCUUGAA